AUGAAGCUGAUUCUCAUCGUCGUUUCUGCCUUGCUGGCUCUGGUCGUGGCCGACACCACCACCACUGCUGCUGCCUCGACUAUCACUACCAGUGCCGAGGCUCAGUGUUCCAAGAGCUGUGACUCCAAGGACACCUGCUGCAUCGCGAAGUGCUACCAUGUUCCUUGCCCCAGUGUCAACCAGGCUAGUGACACCAACAAAUGCGUUUCUGCAUGCCCCCAGGGUACUGGCACUCCUGAAGAUACCAAGAAAUAUUCCGAUUGCGAGCAAAGUUGUUACAACUCUCACUUCCUCCCCGCCAAUGGUGCUGCAGCUACUGGAACUGAUGACUCUGUCACCACCACCAACGCUGGCACCACCCUCUCUGGCACCCAUGCCAGUGAGACUGGAGCUACUACAACUGAGUCCGGCAAGCAUACUACUGAGACUGGAUUCACCACUGCUACUGGCGGUACCAAAUCCACCAACAAAGAAACUACCCACACUGGCAGUACCACCUCUGCUCAUGCUAGUGGAACUAACACCAAGAAUGCAGCUGCUGGUAUCAAGAUGGGUGCCUCGGGCGCUAGUGCCCUUGGCUUGAUCCUGGCUCUUUUUGCGCUGUGA